AUGGUCAAGGAGAAUCUCUGGGAAAGGAUGGAGGAGCUGGAAGUCGAGCGGAAGCCACAGUCCAGGUCACUGCCCAAGCCGUCCCUCAGUGCCUGGCCCAGCUCGGUGGUCCCUGCCAACAGCAAUGUGACGCUUCGAUGUUGGACUCCUGCCAGAGGUGUGAGCUUUGUUCUCAGGAAGGGAGGAAUUAUUCUGGAGUCCCCGAAGCCCCUUGAUUCUACAGAGGGUGCGGCCAAAUUUCACCUCAAUAAUCUAAAAGUCAGAAAUGCUGGAGAGUACACCUGUGAAUACUACAGAAAAGCAUCCCCCCACAUCCUUUCACAGCGCAGUGACGUCCUUCUACUGUUGGUGACAGGACAUUUAUCUAAACCUUUCCUCCGAACCUACCAAAGGGGUACAGUGACCGCAGGUGGAAGGGUGACUCUGCAGUGCCAGAAGCGAGACCAAUUGUUUGUGCCUAUCAUGUUCGCUCUACUGAAGGCAGGGACGCCAUCUCCCAUCCAGCUGCAGAGUCCAGCGGGGAAGGAGAUAGACUUCUCUCUGGUGGACGUGACGGCCGGCGAUGCUGGGAACUACAGCUGCAUGUACUACCAGACAAAGUCUCCCUUCUGGGCCUCAGAACCCAGUGAUCAGCUUGAGAUAUUGGUGACAGUUCCCCCAGGUACCACAUCGAGCAACUACUCCCUGGGUAACUUCGUACGACUGGGUCUGGCUGCCAUAAUUGUGGUUAUCAUGGGAGCUUUCCUGGUGGAGGCCUGGUACAGCCGGAAUGUGUCUCCAGGUGAAUCAGAGGCCUUCAAACCAGAGUGACUCCAUCUUGAACCGGGGCUGGGUAAACUGAGGCUGCAACCUGCUGGACUGCAUUCCCAGGGGGUUAAGGCUUUCUAAGUCACAGGAUGAGACAGGUCACAACAUACA